UUGUCACAUGACCUUCAGGAGAUUCCCAUGAGCUAAAGACGACAAAGAAGAAGCCAUUUUCCUUUUUACCUGUAAAUAUGAAUCUAAUUUUUCCCCGAUUGUACAUAGAAUUUUUACUUUUUUUUAUUUUACUCAUUGCAAAUUCGAGCACAGGUAGCUUUCAAGGGGAAUCAACAAGGGAUCCAAGUGCAUUCGAGUUUUGUAGAACGAAGUCUUGUGGAGCUAACAACACCACCACAGUCUGCCGAAAUCGUGGCAGAAAUGAAACUACCUCAGGGCGAUGUUGUGUAAAGAAUGGAAACGUGGUUGGGCUGGACCUUAGUAACUGUUCACUAACAACUUUGCCCAGCUUGGAGUCUUUAAAAGUGGCUCUUAGAUGGUUAUACUUGCAGGACAAUCCUGCCCUUGAAUGUAACAACAAAACGUUUGUCAACAGUUUUAAGGGGUUGAUCAACCUCUCAGAAGUGGUUUUACCAAGUAGAUGUAACUGUACAGGAGGAAAUAGUCUUUGGACGAAUCACUCUACAACUGGCUCUGAAAGGUGGUGUGAAGGUCAGAAGAAUUCAUGCAGUUUUAUUAAUGUUACCUGUCCUGCUAAUUCUGCAUGUUCUCCAAAUGGACCAGGGUUUACACAGUGUCUUUGUGAAUCAGGCUGGUUUGGUUACAAGUGCUUAGUGAAGGGCUGGUUUCCUUAUGCAAUAUUUUUUGGUUCCCUUGCUGGAUCAACUGUGGUUUUAAUAGUCAUCCUUGUAAUACUUCAGAGGAAAAGGAAGAACCAAGUCUUAACACAUUACACAGGUCUCUGAUGACAUGGAUAACAGAACAAAUAGCAAUGACACAGUCAAAUGUAUUGUUAUGUUAUGGCUCACCUGACUAAGCAAUUGUUUGACAACUUUCUGGUUUGUUCCACACUUUUUGGCCACAGGCAAUUGGUCGGCAAUAAGUAGUUUUAUUUUUAGUCAAAAUGUUCAGUGGUUCAUACCAUUUUUUAUCACCACUUCUCAAAGUUUUUUAUUAAGUUUGGAUUUCUUGAUGGCUUGAUGAGUUGAAUUGCAUUUGACCAAUCAAAAUCUAGGAGUCUUGUAGGUGCAGUUGACAUUGGCAGAUGUCAACGUUCCACACUGGCACUCUCUGCUAUGACAGUUUUACUCUCCCCUGCC